AUGAGUCGCAUUACAGUCACCAAAGCAUGCGACGCAUGCAGACGCCGCAAAGUCAGGUGCAACUGGGGCCAGCCAUGUUCAGCCUGUAAACAAGCCGACCUGCAGUGCACAUUCCUGCUGGCUCGCCAGAAGAAAGGACGAAAGGGCGAUUCUGCAAAUGUCAUCUCAGAGCUCCGUAACAUCCAAUCUGAACCCAUUCGUUAUGCUGCGCCGUCAAGCCCGGAGCCCGGGCACAGUCUGCACUACACUUCGCCCUCACUGUCAGUUGAAGCGCAAACGAGCCCCCGAGGCCUCGACUCUCAGCUCAACAGAACGUUCUUUCUACGCAAUACUGGCCUUCUACCCGAGAAGAUUGUCGAGUUAUGUACCGAGCUGUAUUUCUCACAGAUGCGGUCGACUGUGCCGAUUCUGACGCGCUCAUUCGUGAAGCACGCUACUCUGUCGGCCGCUGGUGGGGGUGAACUGGGAGAAGAGGCAUACUGCCUGUUGUGCUCAUUCUGUGCCUUUGUUAUCCUUCAAACGGGCAGCAUUACUUCGCAGCAAUUGACACAGAUCGACAUCCAGCAUGCACCGAUUCCGUUUGGACAGCUACUUCUCCGAGAAGCCCUGUCGGCUCGAAGCCAGUUGGAUAUUCUGGCAACACCAACUCUUCGUACAGUCAUGCUUACUUUCUUCAUCUAUGGUUGCCACUCGGCAUUGGGGAAGCAUCGACUGGCAUGGUUCUUCCUACGGGAGGCAACAACAUUAUAUACUUCUGCAACAAUGGACUCAAAUGAUGGUCUGACAGACGAAGCCUUGAAUCGGUUAUACUGGCUGCUCCUCAUAUCUGAGAGGUCGCAUGCAAUUCGUCGCCGCCGCCCAAUAACGCUCCAGAUUACCCCACAGGUCCCAUCACUGGAGCAGACGGUGAGCAACGACGCAGAACUUACUGGUUUUCGUUACCUGGCAGAGCUGUUUCGUCCCAUUGAUGAUACCUUUAUUGCCCUCUGGAAUAGGGCUAGCAGCAACGCAACCAAGGGUAGCUUGGUUGAGCUUGAAAAGAGUCUUCGAUCGACGGUGCCGUCGGCACUCGACCUGGUGGAAACUCAGCUGGCAAACAUCCGAGUAUCGCAACAAUGGCUUAGAGUCAUUGUCUGGCAAUUAUGCACGAUGUUGGGAUUCCUCUCUAGCGAUACUGCCGAUGAAAGCCUGACCUUCCGGUACCCGUUACGCAUUGCCCACGAUCUGGCAAUAUCAACAUGGAAGCUACCUCUUCAUAGUAUGCAAAUGCAUGGCAUCGGACUAACGGAGAAGGUCUUUGACAUCGCCUUCACACUUGUCGACGUGAUAGCAUACAUACCUAGUGGCGAAGCCAAGGUGAGCGGAUUUGAGAUUGGGCCAGAAGAUAACUUGAAGCAUUUCCUUUCAUUGAUAUCACAGCUUCCUGGUGGCGAGAGGAAGUACUUGCCUUUGUUGAUGACCAAGGUUGAGCAAACUCUGCCUGACAUGACGGCACCACUUGCCAGACAUCUACGAUUGCCUGUGGACAAGAGUUUUGCGCCGACUGGAGAUACCUAG